CCUCAACCGGCGCUACGAGUGCCCGAGGUGACAUAUCGUCCAUGUAAGACCUGCUCAAGAUGGUCCAACUUAGCAGGAUUUGCUGCCGGAAGUACGGAAAUUUUGUGGACAACCUCCGCCUUUAUGUCCGUGGUGGUAGUGGGGGUAUGGGUUUACCCCGUGUUGGGGGAGAGGGGGGUCGCGGAGGUGAUGUUUGGGUGGCGGCAAAGAAGAGUGAGACUAUGAAGAGAUUCCAUGACAGACACCCCCAGAAACGCUUUGUAGCCGGCGUGGGAGACAACAGCAGCAUCCGGGCUAUAAAAGGACAGAAGGGGAAGGACGUGUUGAUCCACGCCCCCGUUGGCAUUACUGUCACCUCGGAUGACGGCAAAGUGAUCGGUGAACUGAACGCUGAGGGCGAUCAAGUUCUGGUGGCCAGGGGCGGAAAGGGAGGGGGCUUCCACACUGCGUUCCAGCCCAGGAAGGGCCAGGUCAGACAGAUACGGCUGGACCUCAAACUCAUCGCUGACCUGGGACUGGUGGGGUUCCCCAACGCAGGGAAGUCUUCUCUGCUGACGGCCUUGUCUCACGCCACGCCGCAGAUUGGUAGCUACGCCUUCACAACGUUGAGGCCGGAGAUCGGCAAACUGAUGUAUGACGACUACAAGCAGAUCUCCAUGGCGGACCUUCCAGGCCUGAUUGAAGGGGCUCACCUGAACAAAGGCAUGGGCCACAAGUUCCUGAAGCACGUGGAGAGGACCAGACAGCUGCUGUUUGUGGUGGAUGUGUGCGGUUUCCAGCUGGCAAGCAAAACGUCCUAUAGGUCGGCCUUUGAAACUGUGCAGCUCCUGACCAAGGAGUUGGAGUUGUAUAAGAAGGAGCUCGUCUCGAAGCCUGCUUUGCUGGUGGUGAAUAAGAUGGACCUCCCCGACGCUGAGCACAAUCUGGCAGAGCUGCAAGAGCAACUCCAGAACCCAGAUGAAUUCUCCCAUCUGUUGCCCGAAGACAUGAUCCCUGAGAACAACAUCAUCUUCAGGCACGUGGUCCCCGUUUCUGCCUCCACCGGCUUCGGUAUAGACCACCUGAAGACCUGCAUCCGGGAAUCAGUUGAGGAAGAUGAAGCUGUGGCAACUGAAGUCAUCCAUCAGGAGAGGCUGCAGGCACUUAAAGAGACGGUUAAAGCCGCAUCGGCCCGACCCUCAUGGGGCUACAAAGCUUCUGCGUGACGUUCAGCGGGACUGUGCUGCAAAGAGCAGAGGGCUUUGCUCUGGAUGGACACGUUAACUGGUUUGAGUCCAUGACAGCAGCACCCCAGGACUGUCCUGUGCCAGGCAUGGGAGGUUGUUGCCUUAAACCAGGGGCACCGGAAUAGGGGGAGAGGGGCAGGGGGCCCCCACUUUUACCGUCUUUCCACAUUUAUUUGAAGUCAGGAAGCCGUCAGUUUGUUUUGCAAAGUGCUGGGGACAUUUACCACGAGCACCAGCGGCUUUUGAAAAGUGCUGGAGACUAUGACGGUUCAACAUGCUCACACCUUUUUUCAGUGGGCCGGCCACAUAACGCCGAUCGAGGGACGUACACGGCCUUUAAAAGCUACACCUUUUAUGUGCUACGAUGCCGUCACGUCAACCUGCGUAGCCUAAAUGGAUGACGUAGCCUACACAAUAGUGCGUCAUUCAUUCUAGUGUUUUGCAGCUCAGUGUUAUGUGAAACAAUAAAAAAAGUUUAUGA